GUGUCAUCUUUUCCUCUUAAAGAUCAGAUCAUGCUGGAAAAUUCGCCCUCCCCUCUGCCUGAGAGGGCCAUCUAUGGCUUUGUGCUCUACCUUGGGUCUCAGUUCGCCUUCUUCCUGUAUUGUCUAUGGGCUUACGUCCCGGAAGAGUGGCUUCAUUCAAUAGGCCUCACAUACUUGCCUCAAAAAUAUUGGGCCCUUGCUGUGCCAAUCUACCUGCUGGUUGCAUUGAUCGUCUUCGUGGUGGUUUUGUUUGGGGUGAACAUGUGCAGUACUGCACCACUCUGCUCAGUGGACAACAUCACAGAUGUCUACGCCCAAGGUCAAAGUACAGGGGAUAAUCAGAAGGGGGGAGUGCCCAGACUAAUAGAUGUUUCUAUCAGUGAAGUCAACAAAAUGUUUUAUUUCUCACCAAAACUGUAACAGAUUGUGGGCAUGUGGUCGGAAACAAAUGUCUUAAAAAAUGUUAUCAGGGAGGGGUAAUGCACUGUGAAAACCCAGUGUUAUCCCACUGAGCAGCUCCACUGGACCAGUUGGAGGUUGAAUGCCUUGCUCAAAGGCACCAUGACAGAGGAUGUUAAGAGAAGGGAGAGAAUUGCUCAUUUAGUUGCAGGUUGGUACUUUAAGUAAAAAGGAUGGGGUCGUCUACAUUUGCAUCGCUGAAGAGUCUGAGCAAGAGACUGAAGCCUUACCUUGCCCAAGAACGCUGUUAUGUAGAUAUAGAUAACUGUGACCUUUGACCUGCUUGUGGAGGAGAGGAAGUGACAAAAGAAUUCCCUACAUGGAUAAGUGUUUGACAUUUACUCCUUCUGAACUGAACCAAGCUCCUACUGAACAAGCACCAAAUCUGCACAAGCAAACGUAGGGCAUCUUAUGUCAUACAUCAUAACAUAUUCAGGUAGAUGUUUAUAAUCAAGUAAUUUCAUUUCCAAAACUUGUCAUAUUUAUUAAACUGGAUGUGGCAUAAUUGUGUUGAGUGAAAAAUCAAUAUAUGCAUGUGCAUGUUUUUUUUUCUAAAACAAAUAUACACUUAAAUCUAA